UGAGGUAGUGCGAUGUAAGCUGAUAUAGCCUACUUGUUUUUCCCCUCUGUAAACUACAGUAACCUUAGCCAGCAUGUUACAGGCUGCUCACAGCGGAGGUGACAUCACAAGUCUCCAGUCAGCGGGCAGCCAAUGUUGCCCCUCAAUGGUUAGAAAUGACAGCUCGAGCACCGCAGCCAUUAUGCAAACAGGAGUUAAAGGACCGUCAACACCAUACAUCCAUGGUCAACACAGAGGAUGCUGAGUUAUUAUCUCUAAUCCUGCGGUGGCUAACAGCUGUGUACGGCAACGUCAUCGUCUCUCCUACGCUGAUAGUAUAAACGAGAAACAUGCGCAUUUAUUCUAUAAAUUCAUCAUGGUGUCGCUGCUGGACUUCAAUGAAAAAUGGCCCUUAAAAUCCACCGUACCCUUACAUGUUAUGAAUUAAGCGUCAUGUGAAAAGACUCCACAAAGCGACUAAGAUGGGAUGCAUCAUGGUUUUCCUGCAGAGCAUAAGGCGCAGGGUGAAGCUGGACCGGUUCAGAGAGCUGGGCCGACAGUAUCCAGUGUUCUGCUUUCUGCUGCUGGUCCUGCUGCUGUCCACUGUGCUUUUAAACAGAUAUAUUCACAUUAUGAUGGUGUUUUGGUCCUUCCUGGCUGGAGUCGUCACUUUUUACUGCUCUACGGGGCCUGAGUCUCUGCUUCCCAACAUCUUAGUCUCCAUCAAACCAAAAAACAAGUCAUACCAACAGGAGUUGUUUCCACUAGGCCACAGCUGUGCUGUUUGUGGAAAAAUCAAAUGCAAAAGACACAGACCAACUUUAUUACUGGAAAACUAUCAACCAUGGCUUGACCUGAAAGUCCCCUCUAAGGUUGAUGCUUCUCUUUCAGAGAUUCUUGAGCUAGUUCUGGAAAACUUUGUGUAUCCUUGGUACAGAGACAUCACAGAUGACGAGGCGUUUGUUGACGAGCUGAGAGUGACUCUGCGCUUCUUUGCAGCUGUGUUGGUCCGGCGAACCCAGAAGGUGGAUGUGGCAUCCCUUAUCACACAAAAGCUGCUUAAAGUGUCCAUGAAGCACAUAGAAAUAAUAAGCAAAGCAAGACAGAAAGUAAAGAACGCAGAGUAUCUUCAACAAGCUGCCCUGGAGGAAUACGGCCCUGACCUCCAUGUAGCCCUUCGCAGUCGCAGAGAGGAGUUCCUCUACCUCAAGAAGCUGACUGAAAUGCUCUUCCCCUACAUCCUGCCACCCAAAGCUACAGACUGCAGAUCUCUUACUCUGCUGAUUAGAGAAGUUUUGGCUGGUUCUGUCUUCCUUCCUUCCAUGGACUACUUGGCUGAUCCUGACACAGUGAAUCAUCUACUUUUGAUAUUCAUCGACAACUCCCCUCCUGAAGAAGCCACAGAGCCCACAUCAACGUUGGUUCCUUUUCUGCAAAAGUACUCUGAUAUUCGCAACAAAAAGAACUCGGUAUUAAAGCUGGAGUUGAAGGAAAUCAGAGAGCAGCAAGACCUUCUCUUCCGUUUUAUGAAUUUUCUGAAGCAAGAAGGCGCUGUUCAUGUGCUCCAGUUCUGCCUUGCAGUCGAGGAAUUCAACGACAGGAUACUGUGCCCAGAUCUGUCUGACACAGAGAAGACGAUGCUUCACGAGGAGGUGAAGAAGAUCUAUGAGACGUACUGUUUGGACGAGAGUGUUGACAAGAUCCGCUUCGACCCCUUCAUAGUGGAAGAAAUACGCAACAUUGCAGAGGGUCCGUUUGCAGAGGUGGUGAAGCUGCAGACCAUGAGGUGUUUGUUUGAAGCCUAUGAACACGUCCUGUCCCUCCUGGAGAAUGUUUUCACCCCCAUGUUCUGUCACAGUGAUGAGUACUUCCGCCAGCUCCUGAGAGGGGCCGAGUCCCCUGCAAGGAACUCCAGGAUGAGCAGAAAUAGCCUCAGUUUGGAUGACAUUCGUUCCUGGGACUGGAGCCCCGAGUCUCCGUCCUCACUGUUCACUGCAUCCGGCAGCUCUUCACCUGCAUCUUUUAACUCCCUCCAUGCCCAGUCCACGUUCACAACUUUCCCAUACGGCUCGCUAUCCCACCGCCACUCAUCACCCAAGAACACGUCAAAGAGGGGCGAGUCCUUUGGGAUUAGCCGCAUUGGCAGUAAGAUCAAAGGAGUGUUCAAGAGCACAACCAUGGAGGGCGCAAUGCUGCCAUCCUACGGGCUAGUGGAGGGAGAGGACGAUAUGGUGGAGGAAGCCAUGAUGGUGUUGGAGGAUGACUCGCCCAUGGAGGCAGCCUCCACCCCCAGCACUCCCCGAAACCUUUCUGCCUGGAACAUCACCAUCCCAUACAUUGAUUUCUAUGACGAUGAUGUGAAGAGGGAGAGGAUUCCGGUGUUCUGCAUCGAUGUAGAGCGCAAUGACCGGAAGUCAGUGGGACAUGAGACUGAGAACUGGUCUGUGUACAGAAGAUAUUUGGAGUUCUAUGUUCUUGAAUCAAAGCUUACUGAGUUUCAUGGCUCAUUUCCAGAUGCGCAGUUGCCUUCGAAGAGGAUCAUCGGUCCCAAGAAUUAUGAGUUCCUCACAUCAAAGCGGGAGGAGUUUCAGGAGUACCUUCAGAAACUUCUGCAGCACCCAGAGCUAAGCAACAGUCAGCUCCUCGCCGACUUCCUGUCCCCUCAUAGUAUGGAGUCUCAGUUCCUGGACAAGAUGUUACCUGACGUGAACCUCGGAAAAAUCAUUAAGUCGGUUCCCAGCAAACUGAUAAAAGAGAAAGGGCAGCAUCUGGAGCCUUUCAUCCAAUCCUUCUUCAACUCCUGUGAAUCUCCCAAACCCAAACCCAGCCGCCCUGAGCUCACUAUCCUGAGCCCCACGUCAGAAAAUGAUAAAAAGCUCUUCAACGACGUCUUCAAAAACAACGCCAACCGAUCAGAGAUGACUGAGAAGCGACACAAUCAGAACUACUUCAUGGAAAUUAUCACUGUUGAAGGGCUGUAUGACUACUUAAUGUUUUUAGGCCGAGUCGUCUUCCGUAUCCCCGACUGGCUGCACCACCUGCUGAUGGCCGGCAGGAUGCUGGUGAAGAACACGCUGGAAGCCUACACAGACUACUACCUUCAGUGCAAACUGAACCAGGUGGUCCAGGAGCACCGGCUGGUCUCACUCAUCACCUUGCUUAGGGACACAGUUUUCUGUGAGAGCAGUCAGCCCCGCUCGGCACCGGACAAGCAGAAGAGGGCGAAGAAGACAUUCGAGGAAAUGAUAACCUAUAUUCCAGAUUUUCUGGGCAAGUGUAUCGGAGAAGAGGCCAAGUUUGAAGGUGUACGUCUCCUCUUCGAUGGACUGCAACAGCCAGUUCUCAACAAACAGCUGACGUAUGUGCUGUUGGACAUCGCCAUUCAAGAGCUUUUCCCUGAGCUAAACAAGCAGGUACAGAAGGAGGCCUCUGUGAUGGCUCCAUGGAUGUAAAAUGAACAUAACAAUGGACAAUGAGCUCACAUUCUCUCGACAUUGAACUGAAACACCUGCAGAGAUCUGUGUUGGUUCGUUUACAUGAAACCAGCAUGCAGACCCCAUGUACAGUGUCUGACCGGGACACAUGACGCAGCAAGAAGAGGAACACAAGGAUUUUCCUGCUGUAUGUGUCAUUAACAUUGCAAAAUAGAUAAUAUAAAUAAAUGAUAUGACAGUGUUAUUAGCACACUGUGUAAUUGUCUUUCACCGCUUACAUUAUAGUCUAAAACACCUCUUGAAAAUUGUUCACUGUGAUAUCCGUUUUACAAAAUCUGCAAGACAAUUGAAAAAAAGUAAUAUUUUCGAAUAUUCUUGCAAAUUGUUUAUUUGAAACAUUUAAAAAACACAAUUCAAUACAUACUUAUAUAAAAAACGAUUUGAAUGCUUUUUGUCAACUUAGAUUACAUGAAUAAUGUACAGACUCAUUAACAGCAGGACUAAUAUUUUAGAAUAAAAUUCAUGACUCAUUUUGAUAAAUACAAUUAAUUUUUUAGAUAAAAAGCAAAAAAAGAAUACCUGAGAAGGGCCUUCUAUUUUCCUUUUAAAUAUAUUCUAAAAGACUUACAAAAGUACUUUAUAAAGAUGACUGCUGGCAACACGGGAUGCAAUGACGAAACCAGAAGAGCAUCAGUGUUUGGAACAAAGUAUUUGAUCCCAUCAGCUCGGGGGGUUUGGUUCUCGGCAAAGAAACACAUUCAUGGCUUAUUUACGGAUCAUAUCUACAAUAUAACUACUCUAGCAAUAUAUUUGUUUAUCCAACUUGAAGAUGGCCAUGCUUUUGUAGCAAUAUUGUUAUUAUUAUUAUGAGAUUAGAUGAGCAGGCACAAUGCUGUUUUAAAAAAUCAAUCUCAUGUGGCAGCCAUAAGGUAAUGAAUCUGAGUUUAGGAUUGAAGACAGUCUUAAGCUACACUAGAUCAAACAAUAUUCACAUUCAGUGCAUUAAUACUUCAGGCUUUGGCUGAGUUCCCUCCAUCUCUAUUCAUGGCAGAUAUAUAGCAGCUAGACAGCUUUCCCUUUAUUUGUUAACUCAAUACAAAGUUGGACACUAGACUAAACUAAAACUAACUUGCAUGCAUGUUUAACAGUAUUAUUAAUAUCCUUUACAUAUAUUCCAAAUAUAUAUUUAGGUUCUUCAUUCUUCUUCAGCUGUAACAUCUUGCACACAUGCACGAAAGAUGCUGUUAUAGACAACUCUUGUCAUCCUAAGCCCUUCAAAUCAGUUGUUUAAAUCACUGUAUGAAACUACACUGAGGCUUUCUCUUCAAUCUUGUUGUAUUCUAGCUGUCCUUGAAGGCAAGCGAAUUGAAAGGCAAAAUCCCAGAGGAAUUUACAGGCCGUUUAAGAGUUCAAAGCUAUCAGCGGGUCAGAGACAGACAUAAACCCAGCAGCAACAAACCCAUGCUGUGUGCUGCUACGAAAGCCGAGUUCCUGAACGUGAUCCGGCCUUCCACUGCAGGGUACACGCAUUUCAUGUCCGAGAUGUAUUUGGAAAAUACAGAAAUGUCCAUGUCACCUGCAAGAGGCAGCAAAGUUACGACUUUCUUGGUAUUUGGUUGUUAUUUUAUGAAGUGUUCCACAUAAAAGUAUAUCCUUGCUGUCCCAGCU